AUGCCGUGCUGCACGUCAAAAGUCACCUUGACUCCAUUGGCCCUGUAUGCGCGAUCCCUUGCGAGGCAAGUCGAGGAAAUUAAGACUGUCCCCAUGAGGGUUCCAAUGUAUGUUGUGUCGAUGGAAGAGCUGCUGAAAAUGACGGAAAUCCGUCCUCACGAACAUCUACUUGCUGAGGGUAUUGUCGUGGAGUUCCGCGAAAACAUGGGGAAGGCACUUUUCGUUUCCCAUCAGUGGGUCGGCAUGCAACAUCCCGAUCCAGAGUUAACGCAGCUGCGAGUUUUGCAGCAAGCCCUACGAUUUGCCACGUCCGAGAUGAAGUACAUCCCCCUGGACUUUGUUACGGAACUCUCGAUUCCAAGUGCCAAAGGCCUUCCAGCGGCAGCGCUGCUAUCAAAUCCUGUCUUUGUCUGGUAUGACUACUUUUCCUGUCCGCAGCUUGAGGGCACGCAGCAACAAGAUCCUCAUCCUGGACGGAAUGGCCCACGCCUGACCCUUGCAGAUGCGAUCAGUAGCAUCCCGACUUACAUCGCUGCUUGUUCAUUCUUUGUUGCGCUGUGUCCGAUCAUUCAACUUCCACAACAGUCGCAAGUUCUUUCACCUGGGACGUGGGCAGCUCGGGGGUGGUGUGCCGUUGAGCGCACCUGCCGUGAGCUCAGCCGUGAUGAAUCGUGGAUUAUGGUGAAGAGCCCUACGCACGUGGAACUGGUGCUUGGCAAGCGCUCAACUGCCUACGGAGGGCCACCUGGUGAAGGCAAGUUCACCGUGCCGGAGGAUGCAGAUAAGCUCGCGCCGGUGUUGUCCAAUGCAGUGCGUGCCAAGCUACUGGACCUUCUGAGAGCCCAGGAUUUCGUGAGUUACCGGGUGUUGCUGAAUCUGCGGCCAGUGUACUUGAGAGGCUUGCGCGUGGAGGACACAUGCCAAGUAGUGCCUGGGUUCCAUGAAGACGCUGGAUCUCUCUAUCCCCUCGCCGUGCAACGCUUCUUCUUCCAGAAUGGAUUUACGGCUGUAGAUGAGACCGACAAGGGUGGAUGGUCGCCUUUGCACUACGCAGCCUUGAGCGGAGAUGCUGACUCAAUUCGGGGCUUGCUAGCGCGGCGUGCUGAUCCGAACUGCAAGACGAAGAAGGAUAUGCCUCAGGUAGAAAUACCAUCGUCCACUUCACCUUUAUCCAUAUGCGUUUUGCACAGCCACAACGUAGCAGCACGAAUUCUUAUAGCUGCCAGAGCUUGGGUCGACGGCCGGUCGGGAGUUGUCGACCCGGCCCUCACAACAGCAGCGGAAGCAAACAAUGCCGAAGGCAUCCGCAUCUUGUGCCAGGCUGGCUGCAGUCCGCAUUUGAAGAAUUCUCUCGGCAUUUCUGCCCUUCAGAGCGCCUGUGCCAAUGGCUGUUUGGCUGUGGUGGAGGAGCUCGUUGCGCAAGCCGGCGAGACGGUGGAUUUGUCUGGCACCCUUGGCUGCGCUAUGCUUUAUCGAGGAGACAAUGCCGAUCUGGUUUUCCGACUCGUAGAGAUGCGAGCGGAUGUUAACGAGCCUACGAGCAUGGCAAGUGAGCCUCCGGUGGUCCGACUCUGGAUAAAACUGAAAGGCUUGCAAUACAAACUUGGCUCUGCCACCACUUCUUCCCGUGUCUUCUACCAUGCACCUGGUGCUACACCAUUGUUUCUGGCCAUGCUGACAGCACAGUACACGGGAGCUGCAGCGCUCAUCGCUCUCGGGGCACGACUGGAUACACGGAAUGCGCGGGGAUGGACUGCAGCAGACUUUACGCGCGGGCCGGAGGGCCAGUCGGUGCCGGAGUUUUUGAGGAAGGCCUUCUGGGACAGGAGCCGGACAGAGUGCCAGAGGGUGGCCGGAUCCGCACGCACCGAUGGUUACGUCGAGCACUCCUUCUGA